CCGAGGCUACACGUCACACUGUGAAACGUCAAGGAAAGAGUGUUUUUUGUGUAACGGGGCAGCGCGAGAAGGCGGCAGACUCCCAAAUCGUACAUAGUUUUUAAAGCACCGCCCGUGUGAGCUACCCCGGUGUCUAACCGCGUGCGUACACUUUACAGCAUACGCCACUUUGCAGAGCUUUGCGUCAGCGGACGAGGAAGUCAACGUUUGACACCAACACUGACGAAAGUUUGCAUUUAACGAUGAAAUCAAACACUCAGGGCUGGUGGUUCAGCUUGAGCCUAUCCCAACUGAAUCUGGGCAAAAGGCGCGGUACACCUUGGACUUGUCGCCAGCCAAUCUCAAGGGUCGCGGGCGUGCUAUCCCAGCUGUCAUCGGAAAGGAGGCGGGGUACACCCUGAACUGGUUGCCAGCCAAUCGCAGGGCACAUACAAAUUAACAACCAUUCACACUCACAGUCACACCUACGGGCAAUUUAGAGUCUCCAAUUAAUGCAUGUUUUUGGGAUGUGGGAGGAAACCGGAGUGCCCGGGGAAAACCCACGCAGGAACAUGCAAACUCCACACAGGCGGGGCCGGGUAUUGAACCCGGGUCCUCAGAAUUGUGAGGCUGACGCUCUAACCAGUCGGCCACCGUGCUGCCCAUUAAUUAUCAAUAAUAACAUAAUUAAAAUAAAUUGUGAUUAUAUCAGAAGUAUCAAACUCCUACCCCUUCACAUUAUUCAGUUCCCAAGAAGUAGCCCUCAGUUUCAAAAAGGUUGGUGACCCCUGAUUUAGAGUUUAACAUGCAUGUUUUAUGUGGGAGAAAGGCACACUAUCUGACAAAAACUCACACAUAUAUGAGGAGAACAUGCAAGCUCCACACAGGAAGGCCCAAGCCGAGAUUCAAACCAGGAACCUCAGAACUGUGAGGCGGAUGUGCUAACCAGUCUGUCACCAUUUCACCGUCCAGGGUGUAUCCUGCCUUUUGCCUAAUUUCUGAAUAUACUGUACAGUAUUUACAUUUAUGUAUAAUAGGUGCACUUUUGCCCAUUUUUAAGAUCUAGUCCACCAGUUUCCCUUUGUUAUGAACAGUGUAAACAACCAACUCCCACUCAGGGUGUAACUGUUUCCAGAGUGAGACAUUACUGAAAGUCAACCCUGAUUGGUCAGGCUGCCUGUGAUGUCGGGCCAUAGCCCAUUUCCCCACCCCCGUUCUUCAAGAAAUUUUAUCUCAGAUUCCUUCAAAUAUCCAUGAAUUCGUGCACACGUACAACACUGUUUUUCAAAAUGCGACAUCCGCUUGUGCUUGUGCUCUGUGUGGGAAUGCUGCACCACACCUCAGAGGCCAUCCUCAUGGAAAAGCUAGCAGACAACAAGAUUUGUGGUGAUGCAGAGUGCUCGUACGUUCUGUCCAUGGCCACAGCCUUGGACGACUUCAUAGCUCCAGACUGCAGAUUCAUCAACAUCAAGAUGGGUCAGAAGGUUUACGUGUAUUCUAAACUGGUGCCAGAGGAGGGCGGUGGAGUCUUUUGGUCUGGCAGUGUGUACAGUGACCGCUACGUGGACCAGAUGGGCAUCAUCGGAUACUUUCCCGCUCCUGUGGUGAAGGAGACACACACGUUUAGAGAGGACACGGUCCAGAUUCCAACAACAGUGGAACAUGGAUUUCUUCUGCGCUUAAGAUGGACAGAUGCUUCCUGUUUGCUUGUUUUAAGAUAACUGCAUAAAAUAAAAUACAGGGUUGUUGCUCCAACUAAAGCUCGCAUCAUCUUGGCUUUGCGACUGCCUAAAGCGGGGUUCACUUAUAUUGACAAUCGGGUCGAAUUUUGUAGUUAUUCCUAUCUUCCAAUCAAGGUUUUGCAAAGGUCCAAUUCUCUGAUGUUUCUGAACUCUUUUCCUGAGUGAUUAUCCAGUGGUGUGGGGGCUAUUAAAAGCAGAGGUGGCAAGAGUACUUACACUGUAGUAGAAGGAUAUAUACUUGUAUAAACAAAGACUGGAAACAUUAGAAGCAAAUUCCACUCCUUAAAAUACUCUUAAAUGUACUUAAGUUCAAAAGUACUGUAUGUGUGGGGUCAGAAUCAAAUAAGAUGUGAAAAAUCAGUAUGUGUGUACCCUGCUUAACAACCCUGCGGCUUAUAAUUUAUCGCAGUCACUUUGUGAAAUACACCCUCCUUUUCCACAUCAAUCCCAAUCACAACUCGUCUUAUUUCAACAGAUUGUGACUCUUGACGAAUGUACCCUGCCAUUCCCACUGUACAACAUGAUCUUUCAGUGUCAAAAAUUCAUCAGACUGUUUUGUUCAAUCCAUCUGAGCUAUAUAUUUUGGAAUUUGAUGUUUUCCUCAAGACUGGUUGCAAAGAUGCUGUCUUUGUACACCCAUGUGUGCAAAGGUGCACAAUAGGCUUUGAUGUUGCCCCUUUAAAACCCCCUCGUCAACGGGUGGGCGGGAUGCAGAUGCUGAAUUAACUUGCUUCAAUUACAUUUUUCUGGAGCAAAAUACGCGCCGGCGGUUUUGGAUGCCCACCCAAACCCGUUUGGAUGCCAUCUCCCACCCCCAACCCCUUUUUGCACACCACGGGGUGCACCUGCAUGAUCACAUGAGAUCCAUUGUAAACCGAGUCAUGUGAUUUAUAAUUUUAUCCAAACAGCUCUCAGUAUGAUACAGUGCAGUUUGACUCUGUAAAGAAGCACAAUAAUAAGGAUAUUGGUAAAUUAACACCUUUAACAGUGUCAAUCAAAAUGGAGAAUAUUUCUUUUUUUUAAAUAUAAGUGGUCAUUAAAUGUUACACAUCUGCCUACUGUGUCUGCUGUGGCAAUGUUCUAUAUUACGUGAAUAAAAACUGGAAAUGUCAA